AUGCCUGUUAUCACAGAGAAUAUAAAGUUAUUAAAGGCAAGUCAUAAAAAAAUUUGUAAAAGACAUGCCGAUGUAGUUAAUAUAUCAGAUUAUCUCAAUGUUCCACACAUCAGGCUAGCUACUGCUCUCUUGCACCACACUGUUGACAAGAAUGUAAUGGAGUUAUUUCCCUUGGCUUUAGAAUUUGUCGAAGAGAUAUAUGAAUUGCUAGGUUCUGUAAUAUCGUUUCAUGUGUAUGCUAAACUGUUAUGUGGUAUAAAAAUGCAGAUAUUAUUAGAUGUCCUACAGAGAGGUCAGACUGUCACAGCAUUGGCCAAAUUAAAUGAAUAUUUUCCAAGAAUGGGAAUCAGAAAUUCUAUUGCAACAAGCAAAGAGUUAAGCAGACUUAAUAAACAUAUUUCAAAUUUUCGCAAGUUUUUCCUACCUCUAUUAGCCAAUAAGAAACAGAGAAAUUAUUAUUUUACCAAUGAAUAUGAAGAGGAAUAUGGAGAAGGUUAUUUAUGUGGUUUACAAAGAAGUGCUUAUAAAUUUGUCAAUAGAGUUGAUGAACAAUUACCAAAACCAAAAAUUCAAAAGAUUUUGGAGAGGGGUGCACAAUAUUUCAAUGGAUUUUCGUCAUCAGAAGUAGCUUAUGAAAUAUUGUUAGACUACUGUGUUAAUCAGACAUCAUUGAGUUGUGAAGACAUGUUAGAUAUAUUAACAUCAAUAUCACCUUUAUAUACACAAGAUAUAGUUUAUACUGAACAUAAUGAUACCUCACUCAGUUCAAGUAUUUAUGAGAAAGAAAAUGAUUAUAUUUUCAGUAAUUCUUCUGACAUAUUGAUUCUUUCAAAUACAUCACUAUCAAUAUCAGAGAGCAAAGAGAAUUCAACUACAGGUGGUAAAAGUUUUACUCAGUUAAAAGAUUUAAAUGGAAAAUGUUCCCCGGUCAAUAAUGAUAGUGAUAUUGGUGGAUUGAAAAGAAAAGCAGAUGAAAAUGUUCCAGCAUCUGGUAGUAAAAGAAAACAAUAUAGAUUUAAAAAGGGGAAACAUAAAGUACACCAUUCCAGGGAACAUGUGGUUAACCAUUCUGAAAACGUUGCUGAACUGGUUGAGAUGCCUUUUAGGUAUAAUUCAAGAGAAAAUGGAGACCAUGAUUUAUAUUCAAAUAAUAGUUUACAAACAUCAACUAGUUUUACUGAGUGUGACCUAUUAGUUCGUACAUCAUUAGAGAUGGUGGAAAAAGAAGCAAUAGAGGAAGGGUUAUUAUCUAAAGAUGAUAUAACUAAUAGUAGUGAUAAAACUGAUGAUGAUAGUGUGACUAAUGUUGAUGAUAUACCUAUAACUUCUGAUGAGGACAAUCUGGUUAUACAGAGUUCUAUUUGCCCUGAGAGUUCUGUUUGCUCUGAGGUAAGUAUAAUAACUGAUAUAAAUGAUAUACCUAAAACUUCUAAUGAGGACAACCUGGUUAUACAGAGUACUAUUUGCCCUGAGGUAAGUAUAAUAACUGAUAUAAAUGAUAUACCUAAAACUUCUAAUGAGGACAACCUGGUUAUACAGAGUUCUAUUUGGUCUGAGAAUACUGAUAGUGAAGAUAUAUUACUUGAUGUAUCCAAAAGUAUAAAAGAUCAGAGAAAAUAUUGUGGAUUAAAUCCUGAAAUUAAAUUGGUUUAUGAUAUAACUUUAUCUGACAAUGAAGAUGCUGCUUACAAGAUUUUUACUUGA